CCCCGGCCGCUGGCUCGCUCCGCUCGCAACACUGCAGAGGCUUCGAGGCGGCGGCGGCGGCGACUCCUUCUUUCCUUCCCUCCUCCUCUGGACGUCCGUCCGUCUGUGCGUCUGUCCGUUCGGCCUCGGUCCGGCCAGCAGCAUGGCCGGCGUCAGCUUCAGCGGCCACCGCCUGGAGCUGCUGGCGGCGUACGAGGAGGUGAUUCGGGAGGAGAGCGCGGCCGACUGGGCUCUGUACACAUACGAGGAUGGCUCAGAUGACCUCAAGCUUGCAGCAUCAGGAGAUGGGGGUUUGCAGGAGCUCUCCGGCCACUUUGAGAACCAGAAGGUGAUGUACGGCUUCUGCAGCGUCAAGGACUCCCAGGCUGCUCUGCCAAAAUAUGUGCUCAUCAACUGGGUUGGUGAAGAUGUGCCUGAUGCCCGAAAAUGCGCUUGUGCCAGCCACGUGGCUAAGGUGGCUGAGUUCUUCCAGGGUGUCGAUGUGAUCGUGAAUGCCAGCAGCGUGGAAGACAUAGAUGCGGGUGCCAUCGGACAGCGGCUCUCCAACGGGCUGGCGCGGCUCUCCAGCCCCGUGCUGCACCGACUGCGGCUGCGGGAGGAUGACAGCGCCGAGCCGGUGGGCACCACCUAUCAGAAAACUGAUGCAGCUGUGGAAAUGAAGCGGAUUAACCGCGAGCAGUUCUGGGAGCAGGCCAAGAAGGAGGAAGAGCUGAGGAAGGAGGAGGAGCGGAAGAAGGCCUUGGAUGAGAGACUGAGGUUUGAGCAAGAGCGGAUGGAGCAGGAGCGCCAGGAGCAGGAGGAGCGGGAGCGGCGCUACCGCGAGCGGGAGCAGCAGAUCGAGGAGCACAGGAGGAAACAGCAGACUUUAGAAGCCGAGGAGGCCAAGCGGCGAUUGAAGGAGCAGUCUAUCUUUGGUGACCAGCGGGAUGAGGAGGAAGAGACCCAGAUGAAGAAGUCCGAGUCGGAGGUAGAGGAGGCAGCAGCCAUUAUUGCCCAGCGGCCUGACAACCCGCGGGAAUUCUUCAAACAGCAGGAACGAGUUGCAUCGGCCUCUGCAGGCAGCUGCGAUGCACCCUCGCCCUUCAACCACCGGCCAGGCAGCCACCUGGACAGCCACCGGAGGAUGGCACCUACCCCCAUCCCCACCCGGAGCCCAUCUGACUCCAGCACGGCUUCUACCCCUGUCGCCGAACAGAUUGAGCGGGCUCUGGAUGAGGUCACGUCCUCGCAGCCUCCACCACUGCCCCCGCCACCCCCGCAAGAGACCCAGGAGCCCGGGCCUGGCCUGGAUAGUGAAGAGACCAGCAAAGAGGCCAGAGCCGCAGCCCCUCAGGCCUGGGCCGGCCCUGGGGAGGAGCCCCCACAGGCACCGGAGCCUCCCCGGGCGCAAGGCAGCCCCACGGAGGACUUGAUGUUCACGGCAUCUCCAGAGCAAGCCAUCCUGGCUGCCCCGCUGGAGCCUGCCGUGGCCAGCGCCGCUGCAGCUGACACCCCGGCUGCUGAGGCCGUAGAGACCGACACUGCCACUGCUCACACCGCUGUUGCCCCCGUCACCCCCGCCGCUGCCAGCCUCAUUGACCUAUGGCCUGGCAACGGGGAAGAGGCCUCCACAGCCCAGGCUGAGCCUCGGGUCCCCACACCUCCCUCGGGUGCCGAGGUCACUCUGGCAGAGGUACCCCUGCUAGACGAGGUGGCUGAGGAGCCACUGCCACUGGCAGGCAAAGGCUGUGCCAACCUUCUCAAUUUUGAUGAGCUGCCUGAGCCGCCUGCUACCUUCUGUGACCCAGAGGAGGAACUAGAAGGGGAGCCCCUAGCUGCCCCCCAGGUCCCAACUCUGCCCUCGGCUCUAGAGGAGCUGGAUCAGGAGCCAGAGCCAGAGCCCCACCUGCUGACCAAUGGCGAGACCACCCAGAAGGAGGGGACCCAGGCCAGUGAAGGGUACUUCAGCCAAUCACAGGAGGAGGAGUUCGCCCAAUCGGAAGAGCCGUGCGCAAAGGCCCCGCCUCCUGUGUUCUACAACAAACCUCCAGAAAUCGACAUCACCUGCUGGGAUGCAGACCCAGUACCAGAAGAGGAGGAGGGCUUCGAGGGCGGUGAUUAGCGGUGGCGCCCGCCCUCAGGCUGCCCUUGCCAAGGCCGCCCACCUGUGCCGGCCUCUGGCCAGACGGCCCGCCGCGCCUGCACUCGCAGCAGCUCCGCCUGGCACCCACUCCGGAUUCCGGCCCUGGCCCAGGACUUGGCCGCUUCCCUACCCACAGGGCCCGACUUUUACAGCUUUUCUCUUUUUUUUAAAAUUGAUAGGAGACUUGUACAGUUGACUGGUUUUCCUCCCGUUGGUAGUUGAGACGCUGUUGCAAAUUCUACCCCGUCCCCGCCCGGUCCAGAUUGUAGCUCUUAGUCCUCCCUGCUCACUCAAGCUGGCCGGGGUGGAGGCCUCACCCUACUUGGGGCCUGGCGUCGGGGGAGCUCUGGUGGGAAAAUGCCCCACCUCUUUUCCUAGUUUUAUGUUUCUUGGAAAAAUAUCACUUUGUAUUCUCUGUCCAGGGCUUCAGAUAUUUUGCACGAAUUUUAAAACAUGGCAAUAAAUGGCUCGUGGGCUCUGGCUCCCUGGGACCCCCUCCCCGCCCUUCUCUUGACCCCUCCCCGCCUGGCCCAAAGGAAGCAGGCCCAGCUGGGGCCCCUCAGCUUCCAGGGCCUUUCCUGCCCCCCUCCUGCUGGGCAGGUCCCAAGCUGGAGGCCCUAGGCGCGGAUCAGGUCAGGGCUGUUGGUGGGGCCCGGGGCUUGGGUGGCCCCUCCCCAACUCCUCCCUCUUUGCUUGGGUUCCUUUUUCACGUUCAGUAACUGUUUUUUGGAAAGCACAAACUUCUGUAACGGGUCGUGCUCAUGUCUGUUAAUAAAGAAAUCCAGAUCCCUUCGG